UACUAGUGACGUCGAUGCUCAGGCUGAAUUCCUAUUGGCUGAGACAGAGGUUGAAGUCAGCGAUCUUUUUUCUCCUCACCUCAUUUCACCCUCAGAGCUCGAAGCACGCAGAUUCUCAAGAAGUUGAAAGUUGGACGAAGCUGAAGACUUCACAGGUCACAAUGAAGACUCUGGUGUUUGUGUCUCUCGUGGGAUUAUUCCUCCACGACACGACGGCAGAGAUGCACUCUCUGAAGUAUUUCUUCACGGCGUCUUCUGAAGUCACAAACUUCCCAGAGUUUGUGGCUGUUGGGAUGGUUGAUGAUAUUCAGACAGAAUACUACGACAGUAACACCAAGAGAACAGAACCCAAACAGGACUGGAUGAACAGAGUCACAGAAGACAAAGCUGACUACUGGGAGUGGCAGACUGAGAGAGCUGUGUUUCACCAGCAGCUCUUCAAAGGCAACCUUGACACUUUAAAGCGACGCUUCAACCAAACUGGAGGUGUUCACAUUUACCAGGAGAUGGUAGGCUGUGAGUGGGAUGAUGAGACUGGAGAUGUUAAUGGUUACCAUCAGAUUGGUUAUGAUGGAGAAGACUUCUUAGUUCUGGACAUGAAGACAUGGACGUAUAUCGCUGCACAACAACAGGCUGUCUUCACCAAACAGGAGUUGAAUAAUAACAAAGCUGGUUUAGAGUAUAGAAAGAACUACCUCGCCAAGGAGUGUCCUGACUGGCUGAAGAAGUAUGUGGACUAUGGGAGGAGCUCUCUGAUGAGAACAGACCUCCCCACAGUGUCUCUCCUCCAGAAGACUCCCUCCUCUCGGGUCACCUGCCACGCUACAGGUUUCUACCCCAACAGAGCCAUGAUGUUCUGGAGGAAAGAUGGAGAGGAGCUUCACGAGGACGUGGACAAGGGAGAGAUCCUCCCCAACCACGACGGCUCCUUCCAGAUCAGCGCUGACCUUCAACUGCCCUCUGAUGACUGGGGGAAGUACGACUGUGUGUUUCAGCUCUCUGGUGUGAAGGAGGACAUCGUCACCAAACUGGACAAACGAGAGAUCAAGACCAACUCCGUGAAUCCCAUGAACCCCGUCAUCCCCAUCACCAUCAUCGCCAUCAUCGCUGCACUCGUUCUUCUCGGCCUCGCUGUCAUUGGAUACAAGAAAUACAGAGGCAGAAAAUUACCCGAGCAGGAUUAUCCUCCCCUCCCCUCUCCCCCGAUGGUCCCCACAUUAGUAACAUUGUUCUGUGUAUCGCGGUCCACUUCCUUGUUUGAGCACGGACCAAGCGGACUCGGGCACGGUACCUGAGUACAGUACGAGUACGCUACAUGUGAAACGUCUUCUGAAAACAGCUCUGAGCUCGCUGAGAAACUGAAUCCAGAGCCUACAUGAUGAACACACCACCCUGCACCCUGUGAGUUUCUCUCUACGGGACGUGGACCAUUCUCACUGUUAAAAACGCCACUUUAAACGCCGUGUUAAAGAAGCUUCUUUGUUAAACUUGUGUGAGGUUGAAAUGAGUGUAAAUAUGUAGCUUUGUAGAGCUGAUCUCUCCAAACACUGAUGUGUUCAAUGAUUGUUCGAUUUGACCGUCUUCAUCACUGCAGGUUUCUUGAAACAUUUUGCUCGGGAACAAUCAGUGUGAAGGUCGUCUGUGUGUGUUACUGGAGUCCACCUCUCUCACGCUGCAGUCACCGUAACUCUCUGCAAGAUGAGCUAGAAUAAAAACAGACUAAUGGAGUUUCAUCUCAGUGGUGAACUGUCUUAAAUUUGUACCAAACACAGAUAAUAAUUCAAUCUGGUUCCUUCCACAUCUUUAAAAGGCCUCCCUAUGGUCACACACGUGAAAUAAAAUCAUCAGUUCAAGAUUCAUCUUCCAGUUGUGUAAAUAGUCUGCUUGUACAUUUUAUGUACAUUUUGUUUUUAUUACUAACAAACCAAAGCAAAUAAUAAUUCUUGUCUUUGAGUUUUUUUAACGGAUAAGGAGAAUGUUAUUUUGUUAUAAUAUCCCUCUUUUGAUUUAUUUUGAAACAUUUUUAUUAGAGAUGUCAAACGAUGACAAUUUUAAAUCACGAUUAAUUUCUAAAUUUAAAUAGUUAAUCAUGAUUAAUCACAUUUUUAAUUUGCACGUUUGAAAUAAAUUGUUGGGCUUUUAUUUUGAAGUUUUGUACUGUCUUAAGCUGAGAGUACUUUACCUGCUGUUUGAAUUUAGCCCUGCUUUUAUUUUGAAAUAGAGUAAGGAGCUUCCUGUAGAUGGAAGGUUAGGACAUGAAGGUCAAUGUGUGAUGUCAUAAGGUCAAUGUGUGAUGUCAUAAGGUCAGUGUGUGAUGUCAUAAGGUCAGUGUGUGAUGUCAUAAGGUCAGUGUGUGAUGUCAUAAGGUCAAUGUGUGAUGUCAUAAGGUCAGUGUGUGAUGUCAUAAGGUCAAUGUGUGAUGUCAUAAGGUGGAUAUUACUGUCUGAGAGUUUGUUAAAGUGAAAUGAGACAUUCAAAGAUGCAGCAGUGUCCUUCUUUUACAUCACUGAGACUACAGGGAGACACUGAGGACCACUAUCUACGGAGAGCCUGAAGGGACAAAAUAACAUGAGAUUAAUCGUGAUGAACUCGUUCAUGCUGACAGCUCUAAUUAUUGUGUUUUAUUUUGAUCAGAGAUCCUAAAAUGUUUGUGGGAGGUUUGAAGCUUCUCAGCUAUCCAGUUGAAAUCUUGUAUAUAAUUCCUGCUCGUGUUCAGGAACGAGGGAUGUUUUCUCUUUGAGUUUUGUGAAUAGAAGUGGAAGAUGAAUUCUCAGAAUCACUUCCUGUGUUGGGUUAAGUUAACUAGUGGUGUUGAGCUGCUGUUUCAUACCUUUGUACUGUAAAUGAUCUGUUCAAUAAAGUCCCUCAUACUCCAAA